CGGAAAGAAAGAAUAACAGUUUUUUCGUUGUGAGACUCCGUUAUCGAGAAAAUCAUGUUUAUAAAAAAUUCUGUGAAGUACGCAUACAUCGAAGUUUUCAAUUACUUUACCAGCGAUAAACAUUUUCUUUCGUUUACGCUUUCGUAUUCAUUGCCCUCGGUAAUGUUUACAUUCUGCCUUCAACCGCGCGACUUAUUUCUCCUAUAGUUAGUCUAUCUCUAGCAAUUGAACUGUGAGAACGAGAUAACAAUGGAAGCCGAUUAUUUCAGAUAACGAUUUUUACAUUGCCAUAAUCGUGACAAAAAGACGUGCCAGAUCCGCCGGAACGUCCUCUCAUAACAAGCUUUACAUCCAAAUCCGUGAAUCUGUCUUGGGCACCUGGCGCUAAUUCUCAUAACAACCCAAUUUCGCACUACGUCAUAAACACAAGAGUCGACGAGGAUGGUUCGUGGGACAAAAUGAAAGAAAUUGUGACAUCAACAAACGCAACAUUUUACACCAUCGAGAAUCUAACACCGUUUACGGUGUAUAGCUUUCGGGUGGCAGCAGUAAACGCGAUGGGCCGCAGCAAGCCGAGUCAAGCAUCCUACUACAUCAUCACCUUGAGAGAGAUUCCCGAAGGUAAACCCCUUAUCACCAGCGCGUACAACACAUCGGCAACGUCUAUAUAUUUAGCAUGGAAACCACCUAGUCGUGAAACCAUACACGGAGAAUUUCUUGGAUAUCGAAUUGGAUAUAGACCGCGAGACAAAACGAAUAUGGAAAUGAAAGACAUCUACAUACGGGAUCCCGCAGUAGACAAUCACAGUAUUCACAAUUUAGAAACAUACACGCAGUACCUCGUUUCUCUCCAAGUUUUCAAUCCGGAAGGCCAUGGACCUGCCACAACAGUAUCAGUGAUGACCGACGAAGGAGUGCCAACGAAACCCCAGAAUCUCACGUCGCGUGGAAUAACGUCGACAACCAUAGAGCUGUCAUGGUCCGAGCCAGAAUGUGCCAACGGCGUCAUAACCGGCUACCGUGUUUAUUAUAUGCAUUCCAAUUACACCGAUGUUCAAAUGCACAAGAUGUACGACAACAGUGGUGGGUCCAACGUCGAGUUCGUAUUAAAAAAUUUAAAGCCUUACAUCGUCUACGAUAUAUGGGUGAAAGCUUAUACGUGGAAACACGAAGGUGAACCAUCCGAACAUAUAUUUCGUAGGACUGACAUUGCUGGACCAAGCGAGCCACAAAUUUUAAAUUUGACGUGUCAAUCGUACAAUUCAGUUUAUAUCCAAUGGGCAAGACCAGCGCACUUUUGCAGUUCCAUCGAUUAUUAUUACAUCAAUUAUCGUCAGGAAACUAAUAAAUAUUACGAAGAAAUCGAAUUAACGGCCGAUAAGAAUCAUCUUGAAAGUGGCAUGAUUAUACCUAAUUUAACAAUGAAUACGGUCUACGAAUUUAUCGUACGUGGAGCAACGAAAAGUACUAUUAAUGAUCGACUGAUCAUACAAGGAGAAAGUUCUGCACCACGAAACGUUUUGGUUACUCACGACUGCGAUAAGGUUCCACCGUUGAAACGUCGUAGCAGCAAGGAUCUCAGCGCUGGUGUGAUAGCUGGCAUGGUUUGUGCUUGCUUUGCCGUCAUGCUAGCAAUAACAGCCUUCGUUCUCUGGAAACCGAUUUUCAGAAAAUGCUUUCACACGGCCUAUUAUUACCUGGAUUAUCCGCCACGAAACGUGCCGACUCUCCAAGAAUGGGAAAACAGUGAACAAGAUGGCGAAAGGACCGCCGUAAGCGUUCAACAAUUCGUUCAACAUGUCGCCAGGCUGCAUGCCGACGGUGAUAUCGGUUUUAGCAAAGAAUACGAAAUUAUACAAUCCGAGAGUGGAGGUUACACCGUCGAGAACUCGCAAUUCGCUGAAAAUAAGGCGAAGAAUCGAUAUCUCAACAUACUCGCAUACGAUCACACGCGUGUACAAUUAUUAUCGUGCGGCGGAGGACCACCUAAAAAAGGACAAGAUUACGUCAACGCGAAUUACAUCGAUGGAUGGCAACGUACACGAGCUUACAUUGGCACUCAAGGACCAUUGCCACCGACCUUCGAUGGUUUCUGGCGAAUGGUUUGGGAACAACGUGUAUCGAUCGUUGUGAUGAUCACUAAUCUCGUCGAGCGUGGUCGUAGAAAAUGUGAUAUGUACUGGCCGAAAGAAGGCACUGAAACUUAUGGUUAUAUUCAAGUUACUUUAGUCAAGGAAGACAUCAUGGCAACUUAUACUAUUCGUACUCUUCAAAUUCGACAUCUCAAGCAGAUUAAGAAGAAGAAGAAUGGGACCAAUAUGGGAGAACGUACGAUAUGGCAGUAUCAUUAUACUGGUUGGCCUGAUCAUGGUGUUCCUGAUCAUCCUCUACCUGUUCUCAGUUUCAUUCGUAAAUCUUCCAAUGCUAAUCCACCUGACGCUGGUCCAAUAGUGGUUCAUUGCAGUGCCGGUGUUGGACGUACUGGGACCUACAUUGUGAUCGAUGCAAUGCUGAAGCAGGCAAAGAGCAAAAACGAAAUCAAUGUAUUUGGAUUUCUAAAACACAUUAGAACGCAGAGAAACUUUUUAGUUCAAACCGAGGAACAGUACAUUUUCAUUCAUGAUGCUUUGCAAGAAGCUAUCGAAAGUGGAGAGACCAAUAUAGAAGCUAAUAAUUUGAUGCAACAUAUUCAAGACAUGCUAUGUCCGUCCAACAAUAAGACAGACGCCUGGAAUAACUUAGAUUCUCAAUAUAAACUCGUAACGUCCUGGAAACCAAAGGACUUUAAUCUCGUGUCAGCGACAAAAUCAUUUAAUAUUCAUAAAAAUCGUAAUAUGGAGAUUGUACCUAUCGAAAAUGCUCGUGUACAUUUAACUCCAAAGCCUGGUGUUGAUGGAAGUGACUACAUAAAUGCAACGUGGUUCUCUGGAUUCCAAAGAAAUCGUGAAUUUAUUAUAACUCAACAUCCAAUGGAGAACACCAUAAUGGAGUUUUGGCAAAUGAUGUGGGACCACAAUGCUCAAACUAUCGUAAUGUUAACUCAAUGCGAUGAGGAAUAUCCUGAGUUCUGGCCAACGGAAGGAAAGGAUUUGGAAUCUGAAACAUUUCGAGUACGAUUAUGUGGUAUUAAAGAAACAGUCAAUGGAAUCAUUCUACGCGAGGUAGCCGUUAGAUCUUUACAGGACGAUUACGAAUUAAGUGCAAGAAUCGUUCAAGGACCACUCAAUCAAGUUGGUUUAUGGCCUCACAAUAAUAACCCCAAAGUAUUUGUCAGUGUGAUACAAGACUUCCAUAGAGAUUAUCAGAAUGGUCCAAUCGUCGUUAUGGAUAGGUACGGUGGCGUCGAAGCUGCUCUUUUCGUUCUCCUAACAACUUUGAACAAGCAACUUGAGUUCGAACAAUCGGCAGAUAUUUACAUGUUUGCCAAAUUGUUAUAUAUGAAGAGACCAGGUGUAUUUCGAUCUAAGGAGGACUAUGUGCUACUUUACCAAUGUUUGGAAUCAAUGCUGUCGUCAAAAGUACGCGGUGAACCGGACCUGUACGCGAUGGCGAACGGACACGUGGCAACGAUGAGUAGUAACGAUCCGAACGAGAUUAGGUCGGCUUCGUCGAUGCAGCACAUGGCAAUGGAUUAUCCGAUGAAGUCAGCACCACCAAUGAUACGAGAAUACGCGACGGUGGAGGUGAGCACCGAGUACCUGUCUGACUACACAAUCCCCAUAAGGGUGGACCAUCCGAUCGAAUCUUCGUCGAGCAAUCGUGGAAGUGAGACUUGUCUGGCCGCUCAUGGUAGCAACGAUCAUGGCAUAUCCGAGAAGAACAUUGUGGUUAGCCAAAGGAAUGUUAGCUAUCACAAUCAUCCACCGGGUGUUUCGGUGACGGUAGAUGCAAACGGUUACAUCACAAACGGCAGUAUGCGCGUGCCACCUGAGGGUAUGGAGGCGAGCUGCAAAAUAUUACCGCAAUGAUGUCGGCCUAUCUUCGGUUGCAGCGUCGCCUCAGGUCGUUCAGAACCGCUGUAAUCGACAGUAUCGUCCCAAUAACCGGAAGUCUAUUUCGUCCCUCAUGACACCAGAAGGAGCUGUCCGAUUGGAAAGAUCCUCGCACAACGGGAAAGCUGACCGCUCGAGUAUACAAGAUCAGCCUCGGGGGAUAAUCGAACGUACAUUCGUGUAAAUAUGUCCACGUGAAUCUAGGAUAAUAUAACUAAACUAAACUAAACUAAACUAAAUUAAUCUAAAUUAAACUAAACUAUACUAAAUUGAAUUAAAUUAAACGAAAUUAAAUAAUGAAUGAAUAGGAACGAAAACAAACGAAAAGAGUCGAGAAAAUGAAAAAGCUAAUCCGUCUUACAUUAGCUAAGGACAGUGAAAAAAUAGCCAGCAUAAACAAGAAGAAGAGUUUUUGCUGAUUUUGCACGUCGCCGGCUCGGAUCGAUUGCGUUUAUCUUGUCCAUCUUGUAAGUGUAUGCUAUUCCAUUUUUGUAUAUAUCACCCAUUCACAUUACGUAUAAAUAUUAUACAUAUAUACAUAAAUAAAUAUACAUAUAAAUAUAAAGUCGACCAGCCGACAGACCGAGUUGCCAAAGAAUCAUUAAGGAUAUACUCUUUUUAAUCUAUAAGAGAAAAAUGACGAUAGAUCAAAUUUUGCGAAUGGGUGUGUAAAUAUUUCGUAUGCAUAUAUUCAUAUGUAUAUAAAUAUAUGCAGACAUAUAUCAGAAGAGACAUAUAUAAACUAGAUA